CGGUGCCCAUCAACUCGCAGAGGUGCAAAAAGUGGGCGCACGGCCGGCAGAGCCGCUCUUCCUCCCGCCCCGGGCAUCGCCCCGACCGGGCCCGGCACGUCGGGGCGGAGGCGCGACCCCUUGCCGCGGGGCUGGGCAGCGCCGAGCUGCCGGCCCUACCCACCGCUAUAAAACCGCCUCCAGAAAGAGGAGAAACUCCGCGGUAGGAAACAUCUCGGCGCGGUGCUGUUUGGCUGAAGUACAGGCAUGACAUCCGUCCUGGGCAGCAGCAGGGCUUCGGGAGCGCCGAGCGGGCAGCUGAAAUGCAAGUCCAAGAGGAGGAGGAGGAGAAGAUCAAAGAGGAAAGAAAAAGUAAGCAUACUGUCAACCUUCAUAGCCCCCUUCAAGUAUCUGAGUCCUGGCACAGCCACCAUGGAGGAUGAAGACAAUUUAAGUACCAGCAGUGCAGAAGUAAAGGAAAAUCGCAACAUUGGCAACCUGGAGGAUCAUCCAAUAUCCCCUAAUGAGAGGGCAAGAGUGGUGACACCUAGCAGUAAGAGGAAAAGGCCCUUGGAGGACGGCAAUAACGGCCAUUUCUGCAAGCUCCAGCUCAUCUGGAAGAAGGUCUCCUGGUCAGUGACGCCAAAGAACGCUCUGGUUCAGCUGCACGAGCUCAAGCCAGGUUUGCAAUACAAAAUGGUUUCCCAGACAGGCCCAGUGCACGCUCCAGUCUUCGCCGUGGCUGUGGAAGUGAACGGACUCACCUUCGAAGGCACGGGGCCCACCAAGAAGAAAGCCAAAAUGCGCGCAGCGGAGCUGGCCCUGAAGUCAUUCGUUCAGUUCCCCAACGCCUGCCAAGCUCACUUCGCCAUGGGUAACCGCAUCAACCCAUCCACGGACUUCACUUCCGACCAGGCAGACUUCCCAGACACUCUGUUCAAGGAGUUCGAGCCCUCCGCGCACAGCGAGGACUUCUCCGUCUACCACCCCGUGGAGGACGAGCUGCUCUCCACCGCCUACCGGCACGGCCGCCUGCUCUGCCACACGCUGGACCUGAUGGGCCACGGCAAGCAGGGCAAGCACCGGGCGGCCUCCAAGGCGGAGGGCGAGCAGAACCCAGUGGUGCUGCUGAACGAGCUGCGCUCGGGGCUGCGCUACGUCUGCCUCUCAGAGACGGUGGAGAAGCAGCACAUCAAGAGCUUCGUGAUGGCCGUGCGCGUGGACGGCAGAACGUUCGAGGGCUCGGGACGCAGCAAGAAGCUGGCCAAGGGGCAAGCGGCGCAGGCAGCCCUGCAGGCCCUCUUUAACAUUCGCCUGCCCAGCCACAUUCCCAGCAGGAGUAAAUGUCACCACUUGCCACAGGAUUUUGCUGAUUGCAUAUACCAAAUGGUUGCACAGAAGUUCCAGGAGCUGACAGACAAUUUCACUUCCAUGCAUGCACGCCACAAAACUCUUGCAGGCAUUGUGAUGACCAAAGGUCUGGACAUCAGGCAAGCUCAGGUUAUUGUGCUGUCCUCGGGCACCAAAUGUAUAAAUGGGGAGUACAUCAAUGACAAAGGGCUUGCGGUCAACGACUGCCACGCAGAAAUCCUGGCCAGAAGGGCAUUUGUUCACUUCCUCUACUCACAGCUGGAGCUGCACUUAAGCAAGCGGCGAGAAGACUGGGAGCGCUCCAUCUUCGUGCGGUUGAAAGAGGGAGGCUACCGGCUGCGGGAGAACAUCCUCUUCCACCUCUACGUCAGCACCUCGCCCUGCGGAGACGCGCGCCUCCACUCCCCCUACGAGAUCACAGCUGACUUGAACAGCAGCAAGCACAUAGUGAGAAAAUACCGUGGGCACCUGCGCACCAAGAUCGAGUCUGGAGAAGGAACCAUCCCCGUGCGGUGUCACAACGCGGCUCAGACGUGGGACGGCGUCCUGCUGGGAGAGCAGCUCAUCACCAUGUCCUGCACAGACAAAAUUGCCAGAUGGAACAUCCUUGGGCUCCAAGGUGCUCUGCUCAGCUCCUUCAUUGAACCCAUGUACUUACACAGCAUCGUUGUGGGAAGCCUCUAUCACACUGGUCACCUUUCCCGGGUAAUGAGCCAUAGAAUAGAAGACAUUGGUCAGCUGCCAGCUUCAUACCGGCGCAAUCAGCUGCUUCUCAGUGGGGUGAGCCAUGCUGAUGCUCGGCAGCCCGGGAAGUCUCCCGGCUUCAGCGUGAACUGGAUCGUGGGCAGCACCGACCUGGAGGUCAUCAAUGCCACGACAGGGAAGAGGACCUGUGGCAGUCCCUCACGGCUCUGCAAGCAGAUGUUCUUCACUCGCUGGGCAAAGCUGCAUGGCAAGCUGAGCACACGAAUACCAAGCCAUGGAGAUGUGCCACCAGUGUACAGCGAGGCAAAGCUGGUGGCUCAGACAUACCAGUCUGUCAAGCAGCAGCUGUUUAAAGCAUUUCAGAAAGCUGGGCUGGGCACCUGGGUGAAGAAACCCCCGGAGCAAGAUCAGUUCCUACUAACUGUAUAAAUCACUUGACACCUUUGCUACGUGACUGGUUUCAAUCAGCUGGAGAGAGGAGGCUAGGCAGGACAUGUGAGCUGAGAGAACUGAAGCAGUCUGAGAUUUAACAGCAACCUCCAUGGGAUAUUUGCUUUUGAUUCUGUACUGGAAAUCCGUCCCUAGGCCUGCAUCUGAUGCACUGAGCUCCACUGCAGAAAACUGCUCCGUCACGGUCCCUUCCCCAGAAUGUUCCUGCCACCCCCACAAAGGUUCUGCUUUUCAUUGGUUAUUGCUGGUGGUUGUUCCUGAUUGGGAGGCAUUAGCAGGCCACCUGUCUGAUCCAAAACAGUUUUGUUUUCCCUCACAGAGUCAUCACUGAGUAAUGGAAAAUAAUGAGCAGCGAUGAAGCACCGCAGGUACGCAGCGUGACAGCAGGCCUCAGAGCAUCCGUAACCAUCCACAGCAAGGUGUCUAACCUCUAUGCAAAAAACAUCCUGUUAGCUGCCUAAACCUGUGAGAAAGAAUUUGGACCUCAAAGGGAUGCAGCAUUCCUAAGCUCCAUUUCCCACUGCUGUCUCUGAGCACCAAGCUGGGUGUCAGGAGUCCCUUACUUUUUACAGCUGUUCCCUCUGAUGCCUCGAACAAACCAAUUCGCACCAAAUCCUCCAAUCUGGCCACAAGUUUUGCAUGCUGCAGUUUUAAUUGCCCAGACUCAGUUCAUCACAGAUGCCCUUUAGACACCAGCCUGGCUGCAGAUGCUCUUCAAGAGAGCGACUCACCCCUGCACUGCCCGCGGAGGUCACAGCUCUGCAGGGACUGCCAGUGAAGAACCUUGAGACAAUGCUCCUGGCUCUGGAGCUUCAGGUAGCCAGUACCAGAACAAGAGGACACAGUCUCAGGCUGCACCAGGGGAGGUUUAGCUUGGAUGUGAGGAAGAAGUUCUACACAGAGAGAGUGAUUGCCCAUUGGAAUGGGCUGCCCAGGGAGGUGGUGGAGUCACUGUCAUUGGAGGUGUUCAGGAGGAGACUUGAUGGGGUGCUUGGUGCCAUGGGUUAGUUGUUUAGGUGGGUUGGAUUGGUUGAUGGGUUGGA